AUGUCGAUCCAAGCACCCAUAAGCCAUGUCUCUCCACGAGCACGGUUUGGCCUGAUCAUACCAGCUACCAAUACCGUCGUGGAAGCUGAAUUCAACCGCAUGCUAGUACCAGGAAUAUCAUGGCAUAGCGGACGCAUCGAAAUCACCAACCCCAACCUCAGCACCGACGAAGCCAUGAUUGCCUUUUUAGAAAGUCUACGCGUUACCAUUGAAGCAGCCGUCAAGAGUGUAUUGCACUGUUUACCAAGCUAUCUAGUAAUGGGAAUGAGCGCAGAAACCUUCUGGGGCGGCAAAAACGGCGCCUUAGAAUUCGAAAAUUUCAUGCACGACAUCUCUGGCCUAUCAGUCACAACCGGCGCCCACGCAGCCGUUUCCGCCCUCCAAAUCUACGGAGCCAAGAAAAUCGCCAUCAUAACUCCUUAUCAAGCAGUAGGCGAUCAACAAGUCGUGGAUUUUUUCCAAGGAGUUGGAUUUGAAGUCCACGCCAUCAAAGGUUUGAAAUGUGAUUCCGCGACUUCUAUCGCGGAGGUAUCUCCCCAGGUUAUCAGGGAUGCUUUUCGAGAGGUGAAUUCUGAGGACGUGGAUGCUUUGUUUCAGGCUGGGACGAAUCUUGCUGCUGCUGGUGUUGCUGCGGAGAUGGAAGUUGAAUUGGGGAAACCGGUUGUUGCGGUUAAUACUGCUACUGUUUGGCAUGCGUAUCGGACGAAUGGGAUUUUGGAUCAGGUGAGAGGGUUUGGGUCUUUGCUGGCGGAACAUUAG